CCGUCCAAUCCAGAUAGCUUCUACUUGCGGCCCCUAAGUCUCUCUUUCAACCUUCACUACCGCUACCGAAACAGGAGGGGCACCUUCAGCGAGCUUUGCUGUGUGCUGACAGUGGCUUAAGAUCAGUAUAAAAUACAUAUAAAUUUCCAUAUCCUAACCCAGUCAUCAUGUCUCUUCUCACUGUCAGUAGGUUAGCAUCUAGACUCCUGAAUUCAAAGAACGCAGCUUGUAUCGUCGUGGCCUCCAGGCAUGCAAGCUCAUCGGUUAGCCUGAAGGAUGUGCUGGCUGACCUGAUACCCAAGGAGCAGAGUCGAAUCAAGAACUUCAAACAGAAUUAUGGAAAAACCACUAUUGGCCAGAUCACUGUGGACAUGGUGUACGGUGGAAUGCGAGGCAUGAAGGGCCUGGUGUACGAGACCUCUGUCUUGGAUCCUGAUGAGGGAAUCCGUUUCCGUGGAUACAGCAUUCCAGAAUGCCAGAAGCUGUUGCCCAAGGCUCCUGGGGGCCAGGAGCCCCUACCUGAGGGCCUGUUUUGGCUCUUGGUUACUGGUCAGGUGCCCACACAGGAGCAGGUUAACUGGGUGUCGAAGGAGUGGGCCAAGCGGGCAGCCCUCCCCUCACAUGUGGUCACCAUGCUGGACAACUUCCCCACGAACCUGCACCCCAUGUCCCAGUUCAGUGCAGCCAUCACGGCUCUCAACAGCGAGAGCAGUUUUGCCCGCGCCUACUCCGAGGGCGUUAACAAGGCCAAGUACUGGGAGUUCAUCUACGAGGACUCCAUGGACUUGAUUGCCAAGCUGCCAUGUGUGGCAGCGAAGAUCUACCGCAACCUCUACCGUGAAGCGAGCAGCAUCGGCGCCAUCGACUCCCAGCUGGACUGGUCCCACAACUUCACUAACAUGCUGGGCUACAGCGACCCGCAGUUCACUGAGCUCAUGCGACUUUAUCUCACCAUUCACAGUGACCAUGAAGGUGGCAAUGUCAGCGCUCACACCAGUCACCUCGUGGGCAGUGCCCUGUCCGACCCCUACCUCUCUUUCAGUGCUGCCAUGAAUGGCUUGGCUGGACCAUUGCACGGACUGGCCAAUCAGGAGGUGCUGGUGUGGCUGACAGCCCUGCAGAAGGAGCUGGGUGGGGAGGUUUCUGACGAGCAGCUGAGGGACUACAUCUGGAACACCCUCAAGUCUGGCAGGGUGGUCCCAGGAUACGGGCACGCUGUCCUGAGGAAGACCGACCCCCGGUACACCUGCCAACGCGAGUUUGCGCUGAAGCACCUGCCAAACGACCCCAUGUUCAAGCUGGUGUCCCAGCUGUACAAGAUCGUGCCCAACGUGCUGCUGGAGCAGGGCAAGGCCAAGAACCCCUGGCCCAACGUAGACGCUCACAGUGGGGUUCUGCUGCAGUACUACGGCAUGACGGAGAUGAACUACUACACCGUGCUGUUCGGCGUGUCCCGGGCCCUGGGCGUCCUGGCCCAGAUGGUGUGGAGCAGGGCCCUGGGCUUCCCGCUGGAGCGCCCCAAGUCCAUGAGCACCGAUGGGCUGAUGACCCUGGUGGGGGCCAAGUCGGGGUAGAGGGGGGGCUCAAAGGGGCCGACCUUCAGAACUACGCCUUUGGGAGGGAGAUUCAAAGAGACAGUAAGCUUUUAAAGUUAAGUACAGACCUUUACAGUAAACUGUUGGUUUACCCAAAGGCACUUCAGAUAAAAUUUCAGUUUAAGGGGGGGGGGAGGACACACACCUUAUUUAUGUCCCUUUUAUCCCUUGUAGGCCUGACAUUGCAUAACUGACACCCCCUCCCCCACAAUCACCUGAAUUAGCCACCUAUGAUGUGAAGUUUCAUGCUAUGCUAGUGGUUUUUCUUAUUGCAUAAUGGGUUUGUGAAAUUGGUGAGACUGUGCAUCGUGGGUGUGGAUGGCUCACUGCAGUGCUGACCCAGCAACCACCAACUGGAAACAGUGGAAUGCUGUUCUUUCCUGGGGCAGGUUUUGGACCUCACCCCCCCCCCACCCCACCCCACAGACAUGCUGCUGGGCAGCUUUUCAAGAAGAUAAGAGGCUUGCAGAAACUGCCUGAAGGCUUCACUAAACCAGUGACAGAAACCCAACUCUACCCCUGCUGCAUGCGUUAGAGUAAUCCUUGCAUUUCUCCAUAGCUUUGCUCGUUAGGGUCUGCCUUUAUAAAAUAACACUCCAUGGUACAUUGGAUGCUUAUCAGUACGUGAAAAAUUCACAUCGGGGUACUAAUCCAACAGUUUACUGUUAGGUCAGCUAAAAAGCUACUGUCCCUUUAAAUCAGUUACUCUUCCACUGUUGACUUCAGUUAUCCCCUCCUUUCUCAGUUCACAUCAAAUUUUUGACCCCUCAUCAGUCAGAGUAACCUUUUAGAUCAGUUUUUCUCAAUCCGGUCCACGGGGACCCACAGACAGUCCAUGUUUCUGGGAGGGAGCAAAAACAUGCACUGUCUGGUAGGGAGUUUGGAGGGAGCAAAAACAUGGACCGACUGUGGAUCCCCGAGGACCAGAUUGGGAAACACUGCAUUACAUUUUUAGUGGGGGGAGGUGGUUAUGCAGAAAGUGGUUAGGAUGGAUGGGAUUUGUAUUUGUUUUAAUAGGUUCUGUUGCAUGUUGGGUGGCCCAUAGUCUUGUGUUUUUUGUUUUUUUUUCUCCUUUUCCCAAGAGCAGCUUUCAUAUUUGAAACUCGCAGCCAGGUGAAUGUCUGUUGGACACCUACCUUGUUUAAACAGUGUUUGCCUGUGUUGCCCACACCAUGAUAGACCACUCAAGUUUUGUUACUCCACAAUGAGCACUUGUAGUAUCACUAGAAAACCCUUUGUUUCCCUUCAAACCUGACAUGACCCGAUGUAAGAUCAUCUUUUAUAAGUUAUGUUUAAAUUUAAAGCUGUAGGUGUGUUGACACUUUUAUUUGUAUCUCCCGCCAUCUUAAAUGACAACAGUAGUAACACAGCCAAGCCUGACUUGGUUUAUAAGUUAAAGGUGAUCUUAGACUUUCAAGCUUAAUGGUUGUGUAAAACUCAGACAGACCCACACAGGAGGGCUGAGCAGGUUGGUGACGACCAUCUGGCUCUGUGGAGCUUCCUGCUUUCCCUUUAACAUCGGUCUGUAAAAUCAGUGUUAGCUGACAAGCGGUGGUCUUCAGUCAGAGUGGCCUCGGGAAGAAGCCUGUACUUCUCUGGGGCGAUGUCAUCCUCCACUCAAUUUUCAUGUUAACUCUGACUGGUUGAUGGUCAAGCCAGUCUUUAGACACUCCAUUCUGUGAAGCACUGAUGGGACCAUUUCCUCAGCAUGUGCUACAGCCUUCUUCCUACGUUCAGUCAUUAUCCCAGUCUGUGGUUUUUGUCUUUUUAAGUUAAAGUGGCACCUCUCAUGUCAUGGUCCCAUUAGUGCAAACCUCAGGUUAUUCUGUACUGAAGAGAGACACGAAGGGGACAGACACUGAAGUCGGCAUUGCAGGACGGAGAGGAUGGGUGGGGAGGGAAGGUGUGGGGACAGUAUUGUGAAAAUAAUACAGAAAAAAUGGAAAAUAAAAAAAGGAAAAGAUCAGCUGAAA